AAAUCUCGAAAGAUGGCGCUAGCAUCGAUAUUUUUCCGGAUAUUGUUAGCUGUGGGUUAAACGUGCCAGUGGCGGAUAUUAUUGAUUUGUUUUGGAUGGCGCGAAGUGAUGCAAAACAAUAAUGCUUAUCGCGAAUUAUCGUCACGGAACAUAAAUGAUAACCUAAGUAAUUAUGUCAAAAAGAGGACUAGCUAGCGGUAGGACAGAAUAUUUAGAAAUUGGCGAAUUUAACUAUUCAUGGCCUGGAGAAAAUGGAACUCUUCAUGAUUUUGGUUCGGUGAAUUACACAAUGCCAUCAGGACCAUGGUACUGGCCCUGGUGUCCGCUAUGGAGAGUUCCACAGCACCCGCUUUUUCAGCUUUCCAAUAUGCUAUUCGUAGCAUCGUACUGCGCUCCGAGUACGAAGAAAGGGCAGCUUUGGAUGCACACCAUCUUGAUUUUCGCCUUCAUGCUAUACUCUAUCUGGGCCUGGCACGUCAUCUGCUCCCCUGACGCGUUCUCUUGGAAUUUCGGCUUCGUGUUCCUGAACUUGGCGCAGGUGGUGUACCUCGUGUAUGAGAUGCGGCCGGUCAAGUUUGAUCCGGAGCUGGAGGAAGUUUAUCAUACACUGUUUGAGCCUUUUAAGGUAUCGCGACUACAAUUCAAGCGAAUGGUGUCACCCGACUUUGCCCAUGUAAUGUCUCUCCAUGCAGGAGAGGCCUACGCCAUGCAGAACCUUACGAAGACCGACAGACUUGGCUUGUUGUUGGCUGGCAAGGUGAACGUAAUGAGCGGCCACCAGUUCCUCCAUCCGAUCCUGCCCUGCGAGUUUUUGGACUCCCCCGAGUUUGAAUCCAGUCGGGCGACUAUUGAUGAAAAAUUUAAGGUAUCCAUCGUAGCCGCAUCCUCCUGCCGCUACGUCUACUGGCAACGCAGCUCCCUAGAAUACCUCUUCGUCAAAGAGCCAUACCUGGCCUCCGUCAUAACAACCCUUAUAGCUCGAGACAUAACUACUAAGUUAUACGCGAUGAAUAACAAAAUUGUGACGGAUAGGGGCUCGCAUCUGGACAUACGGUUGCCGAGUAUAUCCCAUGCCUUAGCUAGAAGUCCUAGAAGAUUUAAAGUGGUAAAUCGGCCGCCGCCGCCGACCACAGUUCAACCAGUGCCACCGGAGAAACGACCAACCUGCUGGAUCCGCAACGACCGCGCCGACACCCGACGCGACGGCUCCGAGUACUCCGGCGACGAAGAACUAAUGCCCCUAGCGGAACACGAAGCCCCCGCGGCCUCAUCUGACGACCUGUCAGUCGCUGAAAGCUGUCCAGACACUUCCUCGAAGUACCAUAGCUGUGAGGCUGUGGAAACUGAUGAUGAAUUGCGACACUAGU